CAUGGCUCCAACAAACACUCUCUCCGGCCAGACUUGCUCCUGGGUUUUUCACAUCUGAGUGAUUCAGCGUCUAUCCAGCACGUUUGUCUUCUGCUGUUAAAUAACUGUGGAGCAAUGGGAGAUCUGUACAAAGUGUCUGCUACACCAAGAGUCCAGGCUUUGGAGAAAGAACUGGCUGGAGAUCUGGCAGAACUGAAGCAAGAAAUUGAAGAAAAUGAAAUAUUACAGGGGACAUCUACACGACCUUUCAGUUCCGUUUAUAUACCGAAGGACAUUUCUUAUUUCAGGAAGGAACGUGAACUGGUCCUGAAGAAAGGUUUGAAGGUGGCUGAAGCAAAACCACUUUUAAUUCAGGCAGAUGUUAUGCAGAGAGAGCUGGAGAGCUGUCUACAGCUGGAGUACACAGCUGAUAGUUUACCUCUUCUCCUCCAUCAGUUUUUCACAGAUCGGAUCCACCAGUUAGUGCAAUGCAAAUAUCUGCACAUGCUCAGAUGGAAACGAUUUUGUCAGCAUACAAACAUCAGUGAACAAAUUUAUCCACUAUAUAAGAAACAAAUUUCUCAUAUUAUGAAGGAGUAUGAUGACGCUGUUCAGAGAGCUCGAAGGCUUUCAGCAGCUAGAGAACAUUUUUUAACAGAUACAGGGAGCGCCAGUAAGUCUGUGACCCAAGAAGAUGUGAUUAUCUACCUUCAGUGGCUGGUGUGUCAUUUGCACUCUCUGACAACUAUCCAUGACUAUUUAAGGGUGUUACAGUACCUGCCUAUGUCUCACAAUAUUGAGGCAGCAUCUGAGAAGCUUUCUGAAGCAGAUGAUGAAGAUAAAGGCAGCACCAUAACAUUGCUCUCCUCCUUACGUACUCCUACUCGUCCCAGUACAGCUUUCUCCAGUGUCUCUGGAUCAGCUGGUAAGGAAUCAAAUGUACGAAGAAGCCUACACAAAGAAGGAAAAACUUCUAUUCUCUUAUCAUCAGCUGGAGCCCAUACCGUCUCGAUCUUCAACAAAUACUCCACUGUCACAGGCUUGGAAGACGUGUUUGAUUUUGAAGUUAACCUUUGUCUUCCUGUACACAAGCUGAACAUUGAAGAGUUUAAACCUCAGCUUCAGUACCUUCUUUGUCAUUUUGGCAUUGAAUAUGAUGUGGAUGAUAUCAAAAACACUGCUAAUGAAAUGGAGCUAUUCACACUGGUGAAUCAGAAAUUCAGGGGCAUAUUUAGCAAGGAAGAAACAAUGAAGACUUUUCCAGUUUAUGAUGCUUUUGAGUCCAGAACAGAACACUGGGGAAUAAAAGGUCCAAAUAUGGCCCUGAAGAAAGAAGCAAAUUGGAUUCCAUUUAUAAAGAUCAAACCGAAACAAGACCCUUGGCAGCAAAAAAUCAUGACGCAACUGAAGCAGAAGAAGGACAUGGAUGAAAUUCUACGAUUGCAGUCCCAGAUUUUUCAAGUUUCUGACCCAAACCACGUGAUGGAUGUUCUUCGUCAGCAUGCAGUGACUGUACAUGAGCCAUACACUAUGCAACCUUUGGCUGUUACUUCAGAUCAUGUGGGUCAACGCACAAGUUAUAUUUGGAAUAGAAUCUAUGGAAAUGCCAAGCUUUAUCAAGAGCCAAGAUGUAAAGACAAUGGUUCGCCUGUGGAGAUUAAUGACCGGGAGGUGGAGAACACUUGUCAAAGCAAACGUGUUGCCAGUGUACUUACUUCUAAAAAGAACACAGAUCAAGGCUAUAACUACACUGGCACGCUGCAGCUGCUGGGAUUGGAGGAAGGAAACGAGGAGAAUGUGAAAGAUCCAGUGAUGACAAAGGGGGCUUAUCUGUCUCUCCUCUACCUUCGCCACUUGAGGAUUAGGGAGCUUCAGCGAGUCUGUUUAGGAAUACUGAACUACUUCAGAUCCAUUGAACGGACUCUGACUAUCAGCAUCUGCGGCCUGACCCUGAACAGGGACCGGUUGGUUCGCACUGCAGCAGACACGUGUUGGAUAAAUGCAGCAAAAGGAGGCUUGGGGGUUGGAGAUGGCAUGGGCUCACACUCUUAUUUAUAUAACACGCCUGCAGAUUACAAGAGGUGUGUCACUGAAUUUAUGGAGUUCUCAGAGAUCGAUAACCAUGAUGAUUUCUACACAAGUGAAGAGGGUGUCAUUCACACUCAGGAUCAGCGAGGAAUUUAUAUCGUCUAUGAUGUGGCCAUAAAGGAUCUAACAGAGUUAGAAAACCAGUUGCUACUCCUUGCAACCCAAUAUAUUGAGAAAGGUCAGAGGACUUGUCAAGUUUCCCCUGUGGGAGGAUCACAGUGUGGGGAUAAUGAUCUUCCAACCUGGGCCCACUUGACUGUCGAUCGCUUUGCUGUUUUGUUUGAUCUGUGGAGGUGUGAAGCAGCAUUUCUGGAGAACAAACGACAGCUGUUGGACAGUUAUUUUGAAGCCUAUCAGCAUGUUUUUGAUGUGGAAGAGCGAUUUGCCUUGGCCCAAGUUAUUGCAGACAUUAUGCACAAACGCCCACGGUUCAAUUUGAGCAGUGAGUACUUUGUGAAGACCUAUCAGGCUGAAUGUACUUGUUUGAAGCUUCACUUACAACUUAUAAGUGACAUUUUGAACAAACAGAUAGAUGAGCAGCGAGAAUAUGUACAGAGGAUUUGGAGGGAUGGUGGACGGAUGGAGAUGGGUGUUGAAUUUGGCCUACCCCUUAAUAUCAUUGCUAAGCAACCAGUUGCCAUUAACAACAGUUGUCCUGCCUUGAAAAGGAUUUAUUUGUUGGAAUUUCAUCCAUCACUGGGAUUGGCCUCCCGUAUUCUGAAUACAAUAGAACGUGCUUACUGGGAGCUGCAUCACAUUCACAGACCGAAGACAGCUGAUGAGUGCAUUAGUCUAGAGAAACAAGUUCUUAAUUUGGCAUUAGAAAAAUGGGUGGCCAUGGAAAAGAUGGAGUCAUGCUAUAGUCUCCAGGUUCAAAAGGAUUUGUUUUCGGGAGUGUUCAUCGAUGAUCCGCUCUUUGUCAGAGACGUUGGGCUUUCCUUCAUGAAAGAUUCAGGCGAAGUUGAAAGUAGACCAGGAGCAGCAAAUCAAACCUUUAUGUUGCAUACAUUCUGCAGGCUUUUGGAGAUCAUCACACUGCGCCAUCGUUUGAUAGAGGCUGCAUCUGAAACUGCCUUGUUAGCUCGAUUAUACAAGUCUGCUGCAAUGCAAAUGGGUUUCGAGGAAUUCCAUCUCUACUUGCGGCCUGUACAGUUUGAACUCGCAGCCUAUAAACAGAAAGCUGAUCAGCCCCCUCCCGUAUUCAUUACAAGUUUGCUUGAAGACAGCAGUAAUGUUGACAGAUAUGUUCCCUCAAGCUUGUUAUUAGCAAUCCAGGAAGUUGAUGAAAAUCACAUAGGAAAGUUCAGUUUUCGCACCAAGGAAGCUAUUCUUCAGCUGCUGGCGAGGAACGGUGUGGAUAACUUGCAGGUGGCCUUAGCCUGUCAGACAGUGCAGAAAAAUUCCCUAAUUGCGGCAGUGCAGCAGGCUCUGUUCUCUCUCAAGGAGAAAGCUGCCCAUUCCCUGGAUUCAAAGGAUGGAACGACAAGUUACAGGAGUCAGGACAACUUGGCCAGUGCAAGUUUCUGUAGCACUGCGGGAGAAUUGGACAGCCAACAACUCACCUCCUCACUCGGAAUUCCCCGCACAUUCGUAAAUCGGAAGCAGCUGCUUUCUACCAAGAAAAGAGCCCCAGAGGCAUUUGUUUCAAUCCAACUGGAGAAACUAGGCCCCCGUGACAUGAUGUUGAAUGAGUUUAUUAAUAAGAAGAGCAGCGCAGGGCCGCUGAUGAAAAACCCUGAGGAAGUGGAAAAAAUCAAAAGACAGUUAAUUCUUGUCUACUGCCACAGGUUUCAUGAGCGUGUGUCACAGUGCUCUCUGCGAGGACAGAUCAUCGCACACUACAGGGGCCUACUGGCAUUACUGCAUGACUUCCCCACUACCAAGAAAACCUAUUUUGUGUUGGGCCAGCCUCAAGAAAAGAAGGGAGAGCAAGACUCAGAGCUAGGUCUGAUUUCUGAUCCAAGGUUCUGAACUUCAGGAGAUUCAGGCUCAGGUCGAUGAUCUUUCCAAUCCACGAGACCCUGCCUCAG